AUGGCUGACGAGACGCCGAAUCCGCCCAUGAGGCGGCGCGCGCCGACCAUUACCAUUGACACAACGGAUGUCAACCCUAGUACCAACGCCCCCGAAAUGGCAUCCAAUUCCCAACAACAACAGCGGCCCAACGAACCAAUCUCUCCCCAGGACGAUGCCGUGAGUCCCACAACUACUGUUGCAGACCCGUUGUCUACGAGCUGGGUAUCUCAACGCCAAGCUGGAAACCCGCGACCCGACCUCAACACAGCUGUUUCCUUCGAGAGCCGAGACAGUAGGCCAACAAGCCCUCAUAAUGUAUCGAGCCCGGUGACAUCACGAAAUGGCGACCGUGGCGCUGCCUUCCUGGCAGUCCCAGAAACCCUACGAUCGCGACAGAACUCGGUCGAUUCGGAGGACAUGUCUCGUUCCUUCACCUCGCACGGCGAAACUACUGUGGUUGGAUCCAACUCGACCCAGGCGGAAAAGUACAAGUCGUCUGACAUGAGCUCUCAUAAGAUUAUGAACGAUGAGACGGCCUUGAAAGCCGAUGUUGGCACGGAGGCUGACUUCGAAGUUGAAAACAACCCUUUUGCGUUCACCCCUGGUCAGAUGAACAAGAUGUUCAACCCCAAGAAUAUUGCCGCCUUUUAUAAGCUAGGUGGCAUGAAGGGCCUCGAGAAGGGUCUGCGAACUGAUCGAAAGGCCGGCUUGAGCCUUGAGGAAACUCAUCUGGAUGGCCAAGUUUCUUUCGACGAAGCGACCGCCAAAAACUACAAGCUGGAAUCUGAAGGCGUGUCUCCGGCGAUCCAUGUAAGCUCACCCGGUGGUGAAAGCGGCCACUUUGUGGAUCGACUCCGCGUUUUUAAGGACAACCGACUGCCGGAGAAGAAGGGCAAGAGCCUGCUGCAACUCAUGUGGAUCACCUAUAACGACAAGGUGCUGAUUCUGUUGUCAAUUGCUGCAGUUAUCAGCUUGGCUGUCGGACUUUACCAAACCUUUGGUGGUGAGCACAAGCCGGGUGAGCCCAAGGUGGAGUGGAUCGAGGGUGUGGCAAUCAUUGCUGCUAUUGUUAUUGUUGUGAUUGUUGGGUCCCUGAACGACUACCAAAAGGAACGCCAAUUCGCCAAAUUGAACAAAAAGAAACAGGAUCGCGAUGUCAAGGUUGUACGCUCUGGAAAGAUCAUGGAACUCUCCGUUUUCGACAUUCUGGUUGGUGAUGUUCUCCAUCUGGAGCCAGGAGACUUGGUCCCUGUUGACGGAAUUCUCAUCGAUGGUUUCAAUGUCAAGUGCGAUGAGUCGCAGACCACUGGCGAGUCUGAUAUUAUCCGGAAACGACCCGCCGACGAAGUUUAUGCCGCCAUCGAAAACAAUGACGAACUCAAGAAGAUGGAUCCCUUCAUUCAGUCUGGAUCUCGAAUCAUGGAAGGUGUUGGCACCUUCAUGUGCACAUCCACCGGCAUUUACUCUUCCUACGGAAAGACCCUCAUGGCUUUGAACGAUGAUCCCGAGAUGACACCUCUCCAAGCGAAGCUCAACGUCAUUGCUACCUACAUUGCCAAGCUUGGUGGUGCUGCUGGUCUGCUCUUGUUCAUCGUCCUGUUCAUCGAAUUCCUGGUCCGCCUACCUAAGCAGCCUGCCGACGUCUCUCCUGCCGAGAAGGGUCAAAUGUUUCUUAACAUUUUCAUCAUGGUUGUGACCAUUAUCGUGGUCGCUGUCCCCGAAGGCCUCCCGCUCGCAGUUACACUGGCUUUGGCGUUCGCUACCACCCGCAUGCUUCGUGACGCCAAUUUGGUGCGACAUCUGAAGGCCUGUGAAGUCAUGGGUAACGCAACAACUAUUUGCUCUGACAAGACCGGUACUUUGACCCAGAACAAGAUGCAAGUUGUCUCGGGAACUAUCGGAACCAGCCAUAGGUUCGGCGGCGGUCGUCCUGGAACCCAGGGCAGUGAUGGCGAAUCGACACCAAUUGACACGAGUGGUGACAUCUCAGCCUCGGAGUUUGCUUCGAUGCUCAGUGCCCCAGUCAAGGAACUUUUACUCAAAUCCAUCUCGCUCAACUCCACCGCAUUCGAGGGCGAAGUCGACGGAGAGAAUACAUUCAUUGGAUCCAAGACUGAGACCGCUCUGCUCAUCUUCGCUCGCACCUAUCUCGGAAUGGGACCUGUGAGUGAGGAGCGAGAGAACGCCAAGACUCUCCAGCUUAUUCCGUUCGAUUCUGGUCGCAAGUGCAUGGGUAUUGUGGUCAGCCUUCCCAACGGUGGCGCCAGACUCUUCAUGAAGGGUGCUUCUGAAAUCAUCCUUUCGCAGUGCAGUCAGGUCCUCCGCGAUCCUGCUGCAGAUGGCUCCGUUGUGUCAAUGUCCGAUGAUAACAUCGCCACGGUCAACCAGCUCAUCGAGAGCUACGCCAAGCGAUCCCUGCGUACCAUCGGUAUUUGCUACAAGGAUUUUGAGUCGUGGCCCCCCAAGGCUGCUCGAUUUGUCGAAGGUGGCAACAACGAGGUUGUCUUUGAGGACCUCUUCUUUGACAUGUCCUUCAUCAGUAUGGUCGGAAUCCAGGAUCCCCUGCGAGAGGGCGUCCCGGAGGCUGUCCGACUUUGCCAGAAGGCAGGCGUCGUUGUUCGAAUGGUUACCGGCGACAACAAAAUCACUGCUGAGUCUAUUGCUAGGGAAUGUGGAAUUCUCCAGGCAAACAGCAUUGUCAUGGAAGGACCUGAGUUCCGCAACCUGUCCAAGUUUGAGCAGGAGGCAAUCAUUCCUAGACUUCACGUGUUGGCCCGAUCCAGUCCCGAGGACAAGCGUAUCCUGGUUAAGCGCCUCAAAGACAAGGGCGAGACGGUUGCCGUCACUGGUGACGGUACCAACGACGCACCUGCUCUCAAGAUGGCCGAUGUAGGCUUCUCCAUGGGCAUCUCAGGUACUGAGGUGGCCAAGGAGGCUUCUGCUAUCAUUCUCAUGGACGACAACUUUGCAAGCAUCGUCAAGGCUCUCAAGUGGGGCCGCGCCGUUAACGAUGCCGUGAAGCGUUUUCUUCAGUUUCAGCUCACGGUCAACGUGACUGCUGUUCUGCUGACCUUUGUGACUGCUGUGUCUAGCGACGAGGAGAGUGCCGUCCUGACUGCAGUACAACUGCUCUGGGUUAACUUGAUCAUGGAUACUCUGGCUGCGCUCGCCCUGGCCACGGACCCCCCCAUGACAGCGUGCUGGAUCGGAAGCCUGAGCCCAAGGAUGAUCCUGGGACAGUCCGUUUACCAGCUUGCCAUCACUUUCCUCCUGUAUUACGGAGCCCCCAAGGGCAUUCUUCCUCUCUCUGGCAACCGAAUCCCCUCAGACGAGGAGAUUGCCACCCUGGUCUUCAACACCUUCGUCUGGAUGCAAAUAUUCAACCAGUGGAACAACCGUCGCCUUGACAAUAAGUUCAACAUCUUUGAGGGUUUGACCAAGAACUGGUUUUUCAUCGGCAUUAGUGCCAUUAUGUGUGGUGGCCAGGUCCUGAUCAUCUUCGUUGGUGGUGACGCUUUCCAAAUUGCGGAGGAUGGCCAGAGUGGUACCCUUUGGGCCAUCGCCAUUGUCCUUGGCUUCAUCUCGAUUCCCGUUGGUAUCAUCAUCCGUCUUAUCCCCGACAAGGUCAUGCUGGCCCUCAUUCCCCAGUUCCUCAAGAACCGGGCCAAUAAGGUGCCCGGGCUUACGAUCUCGGAUGAGGAGAUGGACAUGUAUCCUGAGCCGCUGGCGGAUGUGCGAGACGAACUUAACUUCCUCAGGCGGAUGAAGGGAGGCCGCCUGAACAACCUCAAGUUCGCCAUCCAGCAUCCCAAGGAGACUAUCAUGCAGCGAUCGAGAAGCAACUCGCACUCGCGCUCCAACUCUAUCAACAUGCCACAGACACCUGUCCAGGAGGAUGGUAUCGGAUCUCCAGUGGCGACUCCCGACUCUCGCAGGAGACCCAGAUCGAACCGCUCGCGCUCCAACUCUGCGCUGGGAGCGCCUACAGUGAUGGCCGGUAUCGUUGCUGCCGGAGUGGCAGCAGGGUGGCAGCCAAGGACGCGGGCAGCAAUGGAGGGCGAGACCCAGGGUAAUGGGACGCAGGAUAACGAGGCGCACAAAUAAGGAGUAAUACGGCUUGUAACAUAUGGGAGCUACUAGAACUGGUUCGAGCAUUGCUUUUGUUUUUCUUUUGCUCGUUGGGCUACAAAACCAAGGAUAGACAGUAUCGUUUCUGCGAGCCGAUGCAUAAAUAUCAGUAAUAUUAUACUUACAUACGUCAUUCCCUCCAAUACGCUUUCGCGCUCAAUGU